CUUCUCUCUCCACGCUUUCGUCAUGUCUCCCACCUCACGCCCCCAUCCCAACAUCUCUAUCUAAAUACGCCAUGGCCAUUGACUAUCCUCUUCCCUCCCUCCCUCCAAAUUCCACGCUCUCGCUCUGCAAUCGAUCGACCGCCAUGUACUCUUAAGCUCGCCGGCGCCGCCGUCCCUCUCUGCCGCCGACCGGGCCCGUCUUGGUCUCGCCCCUCAUGGACGCCGCGAGGCUCGCCUUAUCCGACUCCAACGACAUCGCCAGCAACAGCAACGGCAGCAGCAUCUACUGCGCCCCGGCGACCGCCGCCGCCGCCGCCAAUUCCGACUCCCCCUCCCUCGUCCGCCUCUCCGACCACCUCGGGUCCGUCUUCUCCGCCGAGCGCGGCGGCGACUUCGACUUCUUCGCCGACGCCAAGAUCGCCCUCCGCGAUGGCCGCGAGGUGCCCGUCCACCGCUGCAUCCUCUGCGCGAGGAGCGCGUUCUUCCGGGGCGUGUUGACCCGAGGGGGGGCCACCAAGCUGGAGGUCAAGGAGCUGGGGAAGGACUACGAGAUCGGGCACGACUCGCUCGUGGCGGUCCUGGGGUACCUGUACAGCGGCAAGGUGAAGCCGCCGCCGCUGGCGGUGCGCGAGUGCGUGGACGAGGAGUGCCCGCACGCGGCGUGUCGGCCCGCCGUGGACUUCCUGGUUCAGGUGCUCUACGCGGCUUUCACGUUCGAGAUUUCUGAGCUGGUGGGUCUGUACCAGAAGGACCUGCUAGACAUUCUUGACAAGGUUUCCAUAGACGAUCUACUGGUAGUUCUAUCUGUUGCAAAUAUGUGCAAUAAUGCAUGUGAGGGUCUGUCAGCUCGUUGCAUUGAGCUUGUUGUUAAAUCGGAUGUUGAUGUUGUAACUCUAGACAGAGCUUUGCCCCAUUUUAUUGUUAAGCAGAUCGUGGAUGCCAGAAUGGAACUUGGCUUGAAGAGACCCGAAUGCGACAGCUUUCCUGACAAGCACGUGAAGAGAAUACACAGGGCUUUGGAUUCAGAUGAUGUCGAACUAGUCAGAAUGCUACUUAGGGAGGCACAUACUACUCUUGAUGAUGCAUGUGCGCUCCAUUAUGCCGUUGCUUACUGUGAUGCCAAGACUACCACCGAACUUCUUGAUCUUGGCAUUGCUGAUGUUAAUCAAAGAAAUUCCAGGGGCUAUACCGUUCUGCAUGUUGCAGCAUUGAGGAAAGAGCCCAAGAUUAUUGUGUCUCUAUUAGUAAAAGGAGCCCGGGCAUCUGACCUCACUUUGGAUGGUAGAAAAGCACUUAAGAUAUCUAAGAGGCUCACUAGGGCCGCGGAUUACUAUAAAUCAACUGAGGAAGGAAAAGCUUCUUCCAGGGAGCGACUGUGUGUGGAGAUAUUGGAGCAAGCUGAAAGAAGAGAUCCUUUACUAGGAGAAGCUGCUCUUUCUCUUGCUAUAGCAGGGGAUGAUCUGCGCAAGAAAUUGUUAUACCUGGAAAAUAGAGUUGCACUAGCUACACUACUCUUUCCAAUGGAAGCUAAGGUGGCAAUGGAUAUUGCUCAAGUAGACGGCACUUCUGAGUAUCCUUUGGUAAGCAUCGAGAAUUUGGCUCGUAAACAAGGGGCAAAUAUGGAUUUAAAUGAAGCUCCUUUCAAAAUCCAAGAGGAGAAUCUGAACAGGAUGAGAGCGCUCUCCAAAACAGUGGAACUUGGAAAGCGCUUCUUUCCUCGAUGCUCAGCUGUAAUCAAUAAGAUCAUCGAUACCGAUGACUUGUCAUGGCUGGCAACUGUUGGGAAUGACACUCCAGAGGAACGGCUUCGUAAGAGGCAAAGGCAUAUAGAAGUUGAAGAGGAGCUGACUGAAGCUUUCACUCAAGACAAAGAGGAGACUGAUAAGUCUAGUAUAUUGUCUUCUUCGUCAUCAACUUCGAUUAGUUUCCUGAAGCCUAAUGGUAAACUAACGACUAGUGACCAUUAGCGACACUGCGAGAUUUAAGAUGCCAAAAGACAUCUUUCUCAUUGUACAAUAUUCCAAUUCUUUCCUCCUGGCAUGGUUCCACAGUUUUCCCAUGUAAUGUAUCUUUAUAGCCAGUCGUUUCAAUAGACGCAGCAUAAUGUAAGUACUCAUCUACACAGCGAAUAGGUGAGGACUGAUAUACAUAUACGCAGAUGAUUGUCUUAGGAAUAAUUAUCAGAUCUUUUGGCUGGUUGAAA